CACUCCAGCUGCUGGGGAUCCCCACUCCUAGGAUGCUCAGAGAACCUGCAGGAAGGGGCUGAGCAUCAUGCACUCUGCAAUAGUCAGAGUACCAGAGAUUGUCCUAACCAUCCCUCAGUGUAAAUGACCUGGGCAAAGGACAGCUGAUAUUUAUAUAUAGUAUAAUAAAUUAAUUACUACAGAACAAUGAGUGAAGUUGAGCUGAGCACACGUGUGUACGUGAAGAUGAGACUCCAUGCUGCACGGUACCCACACUGCACUGUUAGUGGGGUACUUGUGGGAUGCAGAGCAAAUGGCUGCCUCAUGCUAUGUGACUGUGUGCCCAUCUGUCAUCUCUCCCCUCCACUGGCACUGAGUUUGGAGGUAGCUCUAACACAGAUUGAUUCAUGGAGCAAUCUGCAAGGGAUGUUUAUUGCUGGUUACUACCAAGCAAAUUCUGGACUUAAAGACAUCAGCCCCACUUACACAGCUCUUCGAUCUGCUUCACUGAUGACCGGGUAUCAGGAAGAUGCUGUGUUACUAAUGAUGAAUAAUGAGCAUCUCUCUCUCAAUGCUGGUGUUCCUCCGCUCACAGUUUUACAUCAGAACAGCAGUAAGGAGUGGGUACCCAAGGAAAAAACUUUGGUAAUGUGGGGUCACUGGGAAGAAACCCAGCGAAUCACAAGGCAGCUACUCAAAGCUAAGGCAUAUCGACAUUUGGUGGAUUUUGACGCACACCUUGAUGACAUCAGAGCUGACUGGACUAAUCAGGACCUAAAUGUGGAAAUUGCACGCCUGGCUGUAGCAGCCAAUGGCAGUGCUUAAUUUGCAGGACUUCUUGGACCUUUUAUUUUGGCGUCUUUGCUUGUGGAUUUAUUAACAUAUAUGCAAAUUAAGUGUAUAUUGAAUAUGGUUACCGAAGGCAAUCCAUAUUUCAAUCUCUUAUGGGGUUAGAGUUUGCACAGAUGAAGCAUCACUGGAAUGUCAGCAUAACAUGUAAAGAAUGCAUUUUGAUGCUGCUUGUAUUAAAACAUCUGAUUUUAUUAUUGAGAUAUUUAUAAUGUACUGUUUAUUCACUACCUGACUUUAUACUCUAAUAAUGUACUGCUUAUAGUAUCUGUAUGCCUGGAAACUCACAACUGUAUCCCCAAAUGGGACAAAUGUAAACUUAUUAAAACCCAUUAAACCAGUUUGUGCAGCGAUCUCAGUAUAAAGCCAUAUAUGAAGAAAUAUUCUACAGAAUUUCUAAAGAAUUUAUUGGAAUGUCAAAAGUAAUUUUGUGUUACUGAAAGUUUUAACAGAGUACUGAUGACAAACUGCCUAGGAUUGUUAAAAGUAGAUGAUGGUUUAUUUAAUACUUCGAUAAACCAUCAUCCGUG